GAGGUGAAGGAAAAGUUGCUAUGGUAUUCAAGACAUUAUGUCAGCGACUUUCUCAGUUAAGUGAUCUUAAACUGUGCGGAGGCGGUCCCAGGCUCGUCUCAAGGUCCUAAACCAGGACAAGGAUGCACCAGCUGUUUAGCCAAGUGCUCGGCCAGAGGGAUCUGUCCAGAGCAGGUGAUCUGUUCUCUCUGGAGGACGCAGACAUUGAAGACUGUCUGUCUCAAGCUCUAGACCAGAUUAAGGCAAUCUCCUGCUCACCGGACUAUUUGACCAAUGACAAUGACCAGGCAGUGGUGGAGAUUUGCAUAACACGCAUCACCACAGCCAUAAGGGAGACGGGCUCCAUCGAGCGACACAGCACGGCUCUGGUGGGACUGUGGGAGUCCUGUCUGGAGCAUAACCUCACCCCGCAAGGUGAAAACACAGAGGACACGCCGCAUGCUAAGAUAGCCUCUGACAUCACCAGCUGUAUCCUGCAGAACUACAGUUGUCCUUCGGUCAUGGUGCUGGCUGUCCCGGUGGCCGUGCGGUUCCUGCAGAGGGGCAACAGGGAGCUGAGCAGGAACAUGUCCAGUUAUCUCUCUCUGGCCGCUAUAGCCAAGGCCGAUCUGCUGGCUGAACAAACAGAGGCCAUAACAAUCAGCGUGCUGGGAGGUAACCACAUGCUGUUGAGAGUUCUGCCCUCAGUCUACCCCAAACAACCAGACACCAUUCACCACCACCUAGGCAACCUCACGGCCAUGAUGCCACAGCUGGAAUCCACCGAGCAACAACACCUGAUCAGGCUUAUUCAAAUGGUUGCCGAGCAACAUCCACUUAUGUUGAGCCCUCAGGUUCCCACAUUGGUCGGUUACCUAGGGAACCAGUCUCUCACCGAGGCUCUUUUAGGAGCACUUGUCGAUGUGUCUCAAGCAAGUCCUUCCUCGCUGGUCAGCUUUCUGCCACCGCUCAGGAUCUUGGGACAGCAGUUCCCUACUUUCCUGGCUCAUGUGGCCAAAAUCCACGGUGCUGUGGGCAUCAUCAGUGAGACUCAUGCUCACAGCUCGCUGGUCUACCUGGUGUCCCUUCUGGGCAGCAUGGAGCACAGCUUUCACCACACCCUCCUACUGGAGAUCAGAGCGCUGACCGACCGUUACCCAUCUUUACUGGGCGGCUGCGGUAAAGACAUCUACAGGAUGAGCAACUCUUUCACUGCUAUAGCCAGGCUUCUGGGAAGACGACUGGAGGAGAAAUCAACGGCACACUGCAGGGUGGAUGAGGCAUUCCAAUCAGAUGGAGGAGGAGGAGGUGCACCAGAGCAGCAGCUGCAGGUGAAGAUCCAGGCCUUUGAGGAGAAAGUGGGAGACACGGUGGAAGACGAGGAGGAGGAGGCGGCAGGGGAGGACUCUCCUGCCCCGCAGCGACGCUACAGCCUAAGCCAAACAGUCAGGGAGGAGAGGCGUGAGAUGAGAUUCAACAGGUCAAAGAGCCUGGCUCUCCAUGCCGUGCGUUCUCGGUCAAUCAACUCAGACGAAGGGGAGGACGGUGAAGGGGUGGAGCUCAGCACAGAUAGCGCCUUUUCCAACACUUUGACUAAUCAGCAUUCAGAAAACCACGAAGUCUCACCUGCUGAGAAGAAAUUGACAGAUGGGUCUCUGGUCGGCGUCACUCCGCUAGACAGAGCGGCUAAAGAGGUGGAGAAAAAUCAAAGCGGAGAGAAGGAUGGACAGAAAGGAGAGCGGGCGGAGGCUGACAGACUCUUCAUCCAUUUAAGAGACAAUAUGGAGAUGAUCGGAGAGUUCUGUAAAGUAAUGGUGCAGCAGAUCCCCAUCCCAGAGCAGUGUGUGAUAGAAGAUUCCAGUCGAGGUUGUGUGGCCAAGCUUUCGUUCUCCUGUCCUUUGAAGGGUCACUACUGUCUGUACGCCAAAUCCUGCUUCAACCUGACCAGCCGACAGCCACAUCUAUGGAUUCACAUCAUGUUGUUACAUUUACAGAGUAAGUCCAGCGUACCUCUCAGCACCAGGGACGAGUGUGUCCAAAAACUGGGUUCUCUUUGGGAAAAGACGCAGCUUAAAGGAGCUCACAGCUUUUCUAUGGCCAUGACACAGCAGACUACCCCACACAAGAAGGACCUGGACAACCUUCAGAUCCAGCUAGAAGAGGUGCGCUUCUUCGACUUGUUUGGAUACAGUGAGGAGGAAGGAGGCUGGCUCUGCUUCAUGUGUAACAACCCUGAGAAAGCUACAGUCGUAAACCAGGAGGGACAGCCUUUGAUCGAGGGGAAGCUGAAAGAGAAGCAGGUUCGCUGGAAGUUCAUUAAGCGCUGGAAAACCCGCUACUUCACCUUGGCGGGAAAUCAGCUCCUUUUCCGGAGAGGCAAAUCGAAGGAUGAGCUGGAUGACAUCCCGAUUGAGCUGAGCAAGGUGCAAAGCGUCAAGGUGGUAGCCAAGAAGCGUCGGGACCGGGGUCUCCCGCGCGCCUUCGAGAUCUUCACCGACAGUAAAACGUACGUGCUGAAGGCUCAGGAUGAGAAACACGCUGAAGAGUGGCUGCAGUGCAUCAACGUGGCUGUGGCUCAGGCCAAAGAGAGGGAGAACAGAGAGACCACCACCUACCUGUGAGAGCAGCACCCACCGAGACGCCGGCGGGGACGCAAACGCGCAGCCAAACAUACGCUGACUUCCACAUCUAGGAUAUUUGUUUCUUGUAAGCAUUCAUUUACAAGUCAAUAGCACCACCAGCUCUGUCUUCAGUCGUAGUAAUGAUGGAGUGCAAAUAAGAAAAAGGAUUUUUAGACAUUAAACCAGCAAUAAAAGACUAAUGAAGGAUGGUUACGUAUUAAAAACACAACUCCCUGUAUUUACCUUUACAUUAAACCAACCCGCCCGUGUGCCAUGCUUCUCGACACGUAGGCCGCCAUCAGCGAUAGCAAAUGUUUGUCUUACAUGUCACCCAUGCUUUGCUUCUACAAGCAAACGAAGCUGGCAUCAGUGGGAAGUUGGGAUUUCUCCGUUUAAUGACGCAUUUAGAGUCCAGAGUACUAUUCAACAAUAAAGACUUCAUCAAAGCAAAGACCUCAUAAGGAGUUUUAGCAAUUAUGAGACUGAACAGUUCCUCUGGAAAGCAGGAAGGAUGAAAAACGAGCCUAAUGGACAGCAGAUGGGGAGCGCAUUGGAUACUGGAAUAUUGUGUGUGUGUGUGUGUGUGUGUGUGUGUGUGUGUGUGUGUGUGUGUGUGUGUGUGUGUGUGUGUGUGUGUGUGUGUGUGAAAGAGAGAGUGAGUGAUCUUAAAGGAAUAGUUCAGCACUUUGGGAUAUAUGCAGUCACCUUCCUGCCAAGAACUGGAAGAGAUGAUUCAGGCUGCUUUCAUGUAGCUGUGUGAGUCAAGUGAAAUGAAGCUAAAGCUUAGUGUAAAGACUGGAAUUUGACUAGUCUGGCUAUGACUAGCUCCUGGUAAGGGGGUGGCAGCCGGGGACAGCAUAUUUCCUCAAAUGUCAAACAGGGCCAAUAAUAGGAUAUGUUUAACUCAUUUUGUGUCAUGUAUCCUGCUGUAUUCUGUAUUUUUCAUCACUAACCGGGGUUUUUCCUAGCUUAAACAGGCCUCUGUUGGGACUGGUUGAGUCUUUUGUUUAAGAGUCUUUUGUUCCUUUACUAAACAGAAGUCUGUUAGUUUUGUUAAACAAGAAUGUAUUUUUUUUUAAAAUAAAACCAUGCCAGGAACAGUCCUCCUCACAAACCAGACUUAAAUUUGUGACGCUGUUUUUCUUUUCUGCCCUUGUACCAAAGUGGCUUAUGAGGCAAGUCCCUUAAGACCCCACGCAGGGGUCACUUUCUGUUCUUUUGCAAUCAUGGUAACCGAACGGACGGCACUAUUUCAGGCUUUUUCAAAUGAGAGAGGUCUGCAGCAAUCCACUCCAGUGUUUUACCAGGAGCAGCGUCAGCACAGCUGUUGCCUAAUAGUGGAGUUUGGAUCACAGGUUUCUAAGAAAUCACUGAAGCAAAUGAGUGGUUUCCUUGUGGAUUUAGAAAGGUUGCCAGUUCAGUCACACUGAUUUUCGAUGACUCUGCGAGAGGGGGAGUGGAGGUGAGCUGGCUUACUUUAGAACAGGCCUGUUCCUCGGGUUUGGGUUUAAAAGCUUGUGUGAUUUUAUUAUUUUAUUUUUUGGGGAAAUGUGUCAUUAGAUUUUUAUUUUUCUCCCUGAAAAUUGAGACAGAUGGAUGAAGAAAGAGUGAAGAUCUGAGUGUUUAAAUUGGCUCUAACUGAUAGUGUGCACCACCUUUCUAUAAUCCAAUUGAACUCUGACAGACAGGUAUUCACUCUCUCUACCCACAGGUGAAUGCUGCCAUAGCACUUUUUUUUAAAGUUAUAUGUAACAUUAAAGCUGCUUAAGGUGGUCUUAAUUUGAAGUCGUUUGACAGACGAGCUCUCUCUCGUCGGUCCUUCGGCUAAAACCCUGUCAGCUGUGUAAAUGCAGCCAUAACACAGCCUUUCCCACCAGGUCAGGUUACCCCUGUUUGUACUUUUAGCUGUCCCUGUUACCCCCACCACCACACGCACAGCAGAGCUGACCUGCAUCUGCUUACAAAUCAUAUUAUUUACAUCAUGUCUCUCCCUCACAUUUUUAUUCCUUCCUUCCUUCCUUAUGACCUACUUACACACAUGACUUUGGGCCCUAAAGCCAGUGGGGUAUUCCCCCAUGACUGCACUUAAGUUUUUAUAAAAAUGAAUAUUUAUAUUCAUUGGGGUACGGCAGCAUCUCAAGAAACUGUGGACAGAAAGGAAUUGGAUAUUCUUGGUCCUAGAUGAAUGAAACCUACUGUUUCCGAUUGCUGAAGUGCAGACAAUCAGGAUGGAUACAUCCUAACAUCUUGUUUCUGACCACUAUCUUCACAUUUAACCACUAAUAAUUAUUAAACUCUGGCUUUCACACCAAUAGUUUGCCUUUUUGUCCCAUCUGUAGCUGCAGAUGCCUGGCCUUCUUUGAGCCUGGUCCUGUUGGGGCGUUCUUCCUGUUAAAAGGGAGUUUUUCCUUCCCAUCGUCGCCAAGAGCUUGCUCAAUAAGGGGUUGUCUGAUUGUUGGGGUUUUCUCUCUAUUAUUGUAGGGUUGCUUUAUACCUUACAGUAUAAAGUGUCUUGAGGCGGCUGUUGUGAUUUGGUGCUAUUUAAAAGUUUUUCCUGACCACAUCUGAGACAAAUUGUUAUGCUAUUAGAUAUCAUAAUUAUAUUCAGCACCUCUGCUGACCUGCUGUAUUGUAAAGGUUUCAUAAAGCUCUUGCUCUUUUUAGUUGAACAGUGUUGAUUUGUGAGUGUUUAAAGUGAAUGUGUUACAACAUGAAUGCCAGAGUUGUGUUAAAGUAGCGAUAUCAGCUGUCAGUGCUGCCAUGGUGGCUUAGUUUCCACUGGGGCCAGUUAUUCUAUCUAUCUAUCUAUCUAUCUAUCUAUCUAUCUAUCUAUCUAUCUAUCUAUCUAUCUGUCUAUCUAUCUAUCUAUCUAUCUAUCUAUCUAUCUAUCUAUCUAUCUAUCUGUCUAUCUAUCUAUCUAUCUAUCUGUCUAUCUAUCUAUCUAUCUAUCUAUCUAUCUAUCUAUCUAUCUAUCUAGCACAGUGAGAUUAUGUGUACACAGUUAGAAGCAGGAUGGAAACUGCUGUAGAUUUUAACAAUCACACAAACUGUGAAGAUGAUUAUAAGUAUUCCAGUGAAUGUAUAAAAACAUUAGCAUUAAUAUCAGCCUCGUGUGGCGAAUCAUAGAUGUUUGCUGUUGUUUUUUCUUGCUUUUAACCUUUAGCAUGUUGUUCGAUUGCAUUUGAUUGUUUUUAUAUAAUGUCAGUAUUUAUUUUUACAGGCAUUUAACACUUUUAUCGUGUCUGGAAAGAUGACUGAAACUACAAAUGCCAGAUUUUACUUUGUCUCCUCCUCGUCUUCCUCUUCUCUUGUUUUAUAUUACUCUGAAUUAACACUGCAAACAAAUGAAUGCUGUAUUUUAUUUGAAAAUUCAACAGUUAUUGUUGUGAUUGUCAUAUUUUGCCUGCUGCACCUUCUGCAUGCCUGCCUAUCAGACAGAGCGGUGUAAUAAAUCUUUA